AACAUCAAUGAGAAACAGCUCUGCUCCGAUACGCCCGAGGACACGCGUCCCUGCGCCCCUAAUGGCCACAAUAUCUUCAAUACGAACGUGGUCUUCGAUCGGCAUGGCACGGUUGUCUCCAGGUAUCGCAAGGUUCAUCUCUAUGGCGAGCCAAGGAACAGCACUUUCGUGCCGGAGUCAGUGAGCUUUGACACGGACUUCAACGUGACCUUCGGUCAUUUCAUUUGUUUCGAUAUCCUGUUCUACGCUCCAGCCCAUGAGAUGCGUCUGACGCAGGGCAUUCGGGACUUUGUCUUUCCCACUAUGUGGUUUUCUCAGCUACCUUUUCUCACGGCGGUUCAAGUUCAGCUGGGCUGGUCCUAUGCGAAUGACGUGAAUCUUUUAGCUGCGGGCUCCAGUCACACGGAGUACGGCAGUACCGGAACAGGAAUCUUCAAUGGACGGAAGGGAACUAUCACCAGCGUAAUGAAUCUGGAUGAGGGCGAGCGCCGCAUCUAUGUGGCCCAGGUGCCCAAGUAUCCCAGCUCGGCUGUCACAUCGCAGCGACGUGUCGCGACUCAGAGACAGAAGCAGAGGCUUGGACAAAGUCUAGAGCAGAGGGCUCUAGCCCGAAGCAGCGCCGGCUUCAAGAUGAAGCGAGACGAUGCUCUGGAGCUGUACGAGAGCGUAUGGCUGCAGCAGGAGCGGAACGUGACAAAGGACGUUUGCCAUGGAAGCCUGUGCUGCCACUUCGAGCUGGAGUGGAGUCCAGUGCAGGCAGGAGAAAGUCCGAGUGGCUAUCGAGUGGGCGCGUUCGAUGGCUGGCGCAAUGAGCAGGAUGUGGAUAACAACUAUGUGCGCAACUGCGGCAUCUUCGUCUGCAGCGGACCCAACAUUGAGGAUUGCGGCCUGCUGCUGAAUGCAACAGCAUCGAAUCGCAACUUCAGCCGGUUGCUCAUUGAGGCCAGCUAUCCGAAGUCGCAGGAGUUUCUGCUGACGCCGAACAGUGUGAGGGACAAUCUGCUGCCCCUCGAGCCAUCGCAGUUCGAGUGGUCUGUCCAGGAGGAGGAGCAGAGCCAUCUGUUGAGUGUUCGCUUCGCACUGGCUGAAGCCGAGUCGCUGUCCAACCUAUUGACAUUCGCCAUCUAUGGGAAUUACUACGAUGACAUUUGCACCUAUGGCAUUGACACUCCGGACAAGGAUAUUCAAUGCGGCUAUAAGCCCAAGGGCGAUGGGGCAGCCGACUUGCGAUUUUUUGGCAACUGGUUCCAUAUGCUUACCGUUGUGCUCCUUAUAGUUAGCCUUAGUAGUUAGACGGAUUUUUACU